GAAAGUGAGCGCCCAGUUCCUCCAGAAGACUGUCGGUAUACCCGUGGUUUGUUUCUGCUCUUCCGCUCACUUACCGUAGCUAAACUAUAUCUAGACCUCACGAAGGAGCAAGGACACAACAACAACGAGGAGAUAUCUGUUCUUGACCCGAACCGAGCCCGGCCAUGGACGAACAGGCAGGGCCCGGUGUUUUCUUCAACAACAACAAUAACUCGAUUUUAGCCGGUGUGGGGAAGGUACUGCUACCGGAGGGGGAUGCAGGGGAAGCGGACAGGUCUCCGUACAGCAUCCCGGGGAUCCUACACUUCCUGCAACACGAAUGGGCUCGUUUCGAGGUGGACCGGGCUCAAUGGGAGGUAGAUCGGGCCGAAUUGCAGGCUCAGACGGCGUUCCUCCAGGGAGAGAGAAAAGGACAGGAGAACCUGAAGAAGGACCUGGUUAGGAGGAUCAAGAUGCUGGAAUACGUUCUCAAACAGGAGAGGGCCAAGUACCACAAGUUAAAAUAUGGAACAGAGUUGAACCAAGGAGACAUGAAACCUCCCAGCUAUGACUCUGAUGAGGUGAAUGAGAAUGACGCCCCUGGCUCUCUGAACAACCAGCUGUCCUGGAAACAAGGUCGUCAGCUCCUCAGACAGUACCUUCAGGAGGUGGGUUACACCGACACCAUCCUGGAUGUGAAGGCUCAGAGGGUGCAAACCCUGCUGGCUAUGGCCGGAGGGGGUCGACCCGGGGAGAGGACCGGGCCAGAGACCCCUCUGGUCAACGGGACAGGCACCGUACCUAAAGGCACCGACACUGGAGGAGGGAAGACUGAGGUGUCUGAGUCCAGUGUUGUGCCGGACACCUUCAGGUUCUACUGUGAUGAAGACGAUGAUGAAGAUGGUACAGGGUUGGAUCGGACUGUCAUGGAACAGACAGGACCUACGGGGACCAUGGUGAGGAAGAAGCCACCAUCGUCAUCAUCACCGGCCCUCAAUAUGGACACUAGUGAAGACCCGGACGCAGAGGACGCACUGAAAGGCUUCGACUUCCUGUCCAGCCCUGACAACAUGGACACAUCGCCUGAGUCCCGCAGCGCUGCGGACGGGACAGACUGGGAGAAGGAGGAGCAGGCUGCCAUGUCAGAGGCCUGGGACGUGGACCAGGGUUUGAUAACCACUGAAGGAGGAGCAGUCUGCCAUGUCAGAGGCCUGGGACGUGGACCAGGGUUUGAUAACCAAACGAAGGAGGAGUACAGGAAGGAGCGCAAGGGGAAGAAGGGGGGAAAGAGACCUAACCGGUCUAAGCUCCAGGACAUGCUGGCCAACCUGAGGGACCAAGAGGACAUGAGUCCCAGAGAACUCCUCUUCCCCCAGGCCCGCUCCAACGCACCCAGGCUCAACGAGCAGCACCAGGACAACCGCUCGGACGAAGGUACACACCUGUUUGUCUCUCUGUCCCCGGUGUGUCUUCUCUGUCCCGUUGUCUCUCUCUGUCCCCGGUGUGUCUCCUCUCUGUCCCGAUCCAUGGCGUUUCCCCCUCCUCAGAUGUCCAACAACAAGGAUGCCCUGAGGAGGACGUGGAACCCCAAGUUGACCCUGCGGAGCCACUUUGACGGGGUCCGAGGUCUGGCGUUCCACCCCAUAGAACCGGUUCUGGUCACCGCCUCAGAGGACCACACGCUGAAGAUGUGGAACCUGCAGAAGACUGCCCCCGCCAAGAAGAAUGCCUCUGUAGAUGUGGAACCCAUGUACACGUUCAGGGCCCACCAGGGUGCAGUGCUGUGUGUUGUGAUGAGCAGUACAGGAGAGCAGUGUUUCAGUGGAGGGCUGGACGGCACCAUUCAGAGCUGGAACACACCGAACCCUAACCUAGACCCAUACGAUUCAUACGAGCCGUCUGUCCUGCGUGGGGCGCUGUGUGGUCAUACUGACUCGGUGUGGGGUCUGGUGUACAGUGGUGUUCAUCGGAGACUCCUGUCUUGCUCUGGAGAUGGCACCGUCAAACUGUGGGACGCCUCCGAUACCAAGCCUGCCCUGGUCACCUUCCAAAAUAAAGAAUUUGGCGUGCCGUCCUCAGUGGACCUGCUCUGCAGUGACCCCGCCCACAUGGUGACAUCGUUCACCAGCGGUCGGAUUGGCCUGUUCAACAUGGAGACACAGCAACUAGUGCUCAGCCUGGAGUCUGCUGCGGAGACGGGUACCCGCUGUCAGAUCAACAAGGUGCUGAGUCACCCCACCCUACCCAUCACCAUCACCGCUGAAGAGGACAGACACAUCAAGUUCUUCGACAACAACACAGGAAAGCUGAUCCACUCAAUGGUGGCCCACCUGGAUGCUGUUACCAGUCUAGCUGUCGACCCCAACGGGCUCUAUCUGAUGUCUGGCAGUCAUGACUGUUCUAUUCGUCUGUGGAACCUGGAGACUAAGACGUGUAUCCAGGAGUUUACAGCUCACAGGAAGAAGAAUGAUGAGUCUAUCCAUGACGUGGCCUUCCAUCCCUCUAAGGCCUACAUCGCGUCCGCCGGGGCAGACGCUCUUGCCAAGGUGUUCGUAUGACGAGGACCAAUCAGCCCAACGACACGGCCUCCCAGCACCAGGGAUCAAUAGAGACACAGGAGCGGCGGGACCUUAAGAAACGAGCGUGUGAGGUUCCACGCAGACUUCCCCUCAUAUAUAUCACCUCUCACACUACUGGUUCCCUGUUUUGACUGGUGGAUGAUGCAGCCAAUGGCCACUUCUAAGCCCCAGACUAGGCCCGCCUCCAGAGGGAUAGGGCCAGGGCUGUGGUUGGCUCAGAGGUCUGUUAGGGGAACUGCGAUUGGGCACAAGGCUUCCUCAUCCCUGUGCAAUCCAGGCAGGCCCCUGGGUAUGACCGGCCACAAAGACCCUCUUUCUCGAAUCCGGGGCCAAUGAACACCCACACAGACUGAUACUAUUGUCUUCAGACUAACCUUAUGGUCUGUCUUCCCUUCACAGCUAGCGAGGGCGUUGAAGACGGACAAACAGGUGUUUUAUAGUGUAGACUCACUAGAGAGGUGGAGCACCAUGCCCUACCCUCUCCUCAUGUCGUCAUGCCCAUUAACCAGAACCCCAAGCCCCCCCAUUUCCCCAAUCUCUAGGCCCAGACUUCUCCCUUCAGAUCAGGCCGUCUGCUCCCUGGUCCCUCCUUCUCCUCCAAGUCACUUUCAGUGUUGUGUUGGAGAUGCUGGCUGGCUGUCUUAGAUGGAAGCAUCUCGCUUUUCCCCUCUAUCUCCCCGGGCUGACUCUGUCUCUGCCCACCCACCAGCCAGCCAGUUUCUCUCUCUGCUUUCCUUUUAAAAAUACUUAUUAAAAAAUGUGCCUUUUGCUUUAAAAAAAAAGUCUUGAAACAAAAGUUAUUUUACAGAGCAUCUGUUUUUUGCGGGGGGCAGACAGCGUUGAUAGGGAAAGGUUGUCACGAUGGUGUCCAUUUUAACAAAAAUAUUGGAUGUAGAAUUACAAAUACGUAUAAUAAACAAAAUAUAUAUUAAGUCUUAAAACUGACUGUGAGUUUGAGUGCUCUUUCUUUUUAUAUAUAUAAAAAGCAUGGGUGAAAAGCAGCCUUGUCCCCAGAUCAGUUUGUUCUGUCUUGCCAUUGACCAUAUAAGAGUUGAAAAGAAAAGCACUAACAGGUCUGGGACCAGGGUAGAAGGGAAUCCGCUAAACAGACGAUCAAGUUAAUAUUUCCUAUUUGUUAGAAUAAUUCCUUGUUAUAAACCAUCUGGUUCUACAAUAGGAGUUUUAAGUAUGUUGGUCCAUCUUUACAAUGCCAGCCACUGAGUUUGGCCUUCAGUGUGCUCAGUGGCCACUGAGUUUUGGCCUGCAGUGUGCUCAGUGGCCACUGAAUAUGGCCUGCAGUGUGCUCAGUGGCCACGGAGCUUGGCCUGCAGUGUGCUCAGUGAGACGUUGGAGCUUGGCCUGCAGUGUGCUCAGUGGCCACGGAGCUUGGCCUGCAGUGUGCUCAGUGGCCACGGAGCUUGGCCUGCAGUGUGCUCAGUGGCCACGGAGCUUGGCCUGCAGUGUGCUCAGUGGCCACUGAGCUUGGCCUGCAGUGUGCUCAGUGGCCACGGAGCAUGGCCUGCAGUGUGCUCAGUGGACACUAUGUGUGAAACGUCUCAGAGUAGGGAAGCAUCCCAAAUGGCACCCUAUUCCCUAUAUAGUGCACUCAUUUUAGGGUCCAUAGGUUCCUAGUCUAAAGUAGUGCACUAUAUAGGGAAUAGGGUGCCAUUUGGGAUGCUAUCCCCAAGAGCUGUAGUACAGUACAAUAUGUUAUGUUCAUACAAAAAGCAACCCAUCUUUUUGUUCCACAAAUCCAUCAAAAUAUCCAUGUAAAUUACAAGUUCAAAUGAGCUAUUUUCUCAGACCGUAACGGUCACUGGUUUGCAUAUGAAAGUCUGUUCUCAUUAAAACUGCUGUAAAAUA